GUAGUAGGGUGCGGUUUCUUGAGUCCAGCUGUAACCGGUUACCGGAGCCUCUCAUCACAUACACGGCAGCGCUGUAUGGUCAAACACCACAACAAUUAUUCUCCGGAGCGGCUUUAUGAUUAAGCUACAAUCUUCAAUGAGUAAGCAUAUUCCAGGAGGAGAGGGAUAUGGUUGAUUUUCAUGCUGAUACGAAGACACUGAUUCAGUUCUUUAGGCUAUAGGGAUGCCAGUUCUGUGGUGUUUUGGGUCACACAUUUAUGGAGUUUCUGAAGGGCAGUGGGGACUACUGCCAGGCUCAGCACGGCGUUUAUGCAGAGAAGUGAACGGCUAGCCUUGCUACCUCAUCAGAAGAGAGACUUGUGUUACAGUUUUAACGUUGGCGGGAUCGGGCUUGGAGAGCGGGCGUCCACAGCGGUCGGCGGUUCUGGAUGGGAUUUUCAAGCUAUUUUGAAAAAGUCAAAAAUGGCUCGUAUGAAUAGACCUGCCCCAGUGGAGAUCACUUACAAAAACAUGAGAUUCCUCAUUACCCACAACCCUACUAAUGCCACGCUUCACAAGUUCAUCGAGGAACUGAAGAAAUAUGGGGUGACGACAGUUGUUAGAGUGUGUGAGGCUACGUACGAUGCAAACCUGGUUGUUAAAGAAGGCAUUCAGGUUCUGGAUUGGCCCUUUGACGAUGGAGCUCCUCCCUCUAACCAGAUCGUUGAUGAUUGGUUGAAUCUUCUUCGGCUUAAGUUUAGGGAAGAGCCAGGCUGCUGCAUUGCCGUACAUUGCGUAGCAGGACUUGGAAGAGCCCCAGUGCUGGUUGCCCUGGCCCUGAUUGAGUGUGGGAUGAAAUACGAAGAUGCUGUUCAGUUCAUACGACAAAAGCGCCGUGGAGCAUUUAACAGCAAGCAGCUCUUCUAUCUGGAAAAAUAUCAUCCCAAAAUGCGUCUUCGAUUCAAGGACCCCAACGGCCACCGCCCCAACUGCUGCAUUCAGUAAAAGCUUGCGCAUCAGCCUUUCUCAAAUGUGUAAUGGGAAUUUGUAUCUAGCAUAGGUAGUUUGUUCUCUUAAUUGGUAACUCUGAAAAUACCGUAACACAAAUUAAGCUUAUUUCAUUAUUAAGUGUCCCCCUCCCUCUUUGUUUUAUGUAUUUCCUGUGGAGAACCUCUGUCAGCAAGGUAAAGUGCUUGUUUAAACUUGAGCUUAGUGUUUUGCGAUGAAGUUUAUAUUGGUUGGUGAACAUGGUCAAAUCCCACCUCUGCCAAACACAUAAUAUAAUCUUAAUUGUUUAAUACAUUUUUUUUUUUUUUGUUAUUGAUAUGAUUUUUAGUCUCUCUGUAAUAAAUGCCUGCCUCCAAAAAGAUCUAAAAUAAAUGCCUUAUUACAGCAGAAAGAUGCCAUCUGGUGGAGCAGUUCUCUGUGGCAUUUGGAGAGGUUUCUCAAUUGUCUUUUGGUGGAGGAAAAAAAAAAAAAAAAAAAAAAAAAUCAGGAAGAGAGAGGAAAAAAAUAGAGGAAAAUAAAAACUCUUUAUAUAAAUAUACUGAAGGUUGGGGUACUAGUUUUUGUUGUUUAUCCAAACUUUGUUUACCUAUUUACUGCCAUGUCAAUAGUGUGAUGUUUGUGUUUUGGCUUAAAACUGGACCUCAAUGUCUGCGGUAUUUUUAUGCCUUUUUAUUUGAUGUGCGUAACUUAAUAUUUCGAUAAUUGAUUUAUGUACGGUAUUUGAAUAUGUGUACUGUUAAAUCACCUAUUUAUAUCAGUGGAUGUGUUUUAUUAUAGCGAGAGACAAGUUGCUACAAGUUCGCCAAUUUGAGAGUACAAUAAAGAUACACUGAAGGAAA